AUGGUGUUCGCUGUUACUGACCUAACAAGGGUCAUAUUUUUCUGGAUCAAAUGGGUGAAAAUCAUCUUUGAAUACAUUCGACCACGUGCUGCUCCGCAAGAACUGAUAGUUAAUAAAUGCUUGGCGAAAUUAAAGUGUGAAUCGCUCGUUACUCCAAGGCCUUUUGACCCAGUUGGACUUUCCGUAUCUCCCGAUGGAACUAUCGCGGUCGUUUCCGGCCCACAUCAUUCGGUCAAGAUCUACUACGCAGAUGGCCAGCAUUUGAAAACUUAUGAUGAUCUUUGGUACCCAAGAUCUGUCGCAUUUGGGCCAGAUUCUUUACUUGUCGUCUCCGAUACGGGCAACCACUGUAUAAAGUACUACGCAAGAAACCGAGAAGUCAAAACGAUCAAUCUCAAUGUAGAAUUUCCAAUUGGAACUUGCCUCACGAGCGAUUCCCGUCUCAUCAUUAUCGACUGGAAGGGUGCAAAAAUGCUUCGAAAUGGAAAAAUUUCCGCUCCUGUUUCUGGCUCCCGUGUUGCGAAGAUUUACAAAGUGAACUGGGACAGUGGCGAAGCGACUCGCAAGGGCAAAAUCUUGCGAGGGAUUCAGAUGCCGUGGAAUUUGGCGUACAACAAGUUAACGGACAAGAUCUACGUCAUUGACGAUGGUGACAGAAGCAUCAAGAUUUUCGACCCAGAAUCCGCCCGGAUGAUCCAUCAAAUUGGCCCAAGAGUUGGCAUGAACCGCAAGCUUGGUUACAUGUAUGGAAUUACCGUGGAUGAUGAUGGAGACGUGAUAGUUUCUGAAUCUGAAUUCGGUCAAAUUUUACUGUUCAAAUGCCACGGCGGAUUGAGUUUUACAGGUCCAUUCGUCAUUGCCGAUGAAGGACUUUCGCGACCAAUGGGCAUCGGAAUCACCCCCGAAGGCUACUUAGCCGUGGCCGACCGCUACAACCACUGUAUCCGCUUGUACAAAUACAAAAGAGACUCGUCGGACUGCAUGGAUUGCCUGGAGAGCGGAGGCGUCUGCCCAAAAUGCCGAGAUCAUCAGUACAUGAACAAGGGAUGGAAAGGAAGGCGUCAAGCGACGACCAGACUGAACAUCCGAGAGGAGAGGGCCAGACUCGUUCGCAAAAGAGAACAAGAUAGAAAACGAAGCGUCAAGACUGGAGGAGCCGAACUCACUGUCAAAGGAAUGUCUAUCAGGCUGUCUGGUAGUUUUUUCAUGGACCGACGUCUACGCGCCGAAUGGCUUGAGCGAUUAGAUCAAGACUGGCUCAAUGAGCCUAAGCUCUUUUCUAUCUAUCGAGAUGACGUCGUCAAGCUCUUCGAACGGCUGCAGAAGAACAAAGAGGUCUGCUAUACAACCACCGGAAAUAUCGGAGCCUCGGCGGUGUUACCCGACCUCGAACGAAAUGCGCCAUCGGAGAAAGAUUGUCGGCAGUUCAUGUCUGAUGUGAUCGACGCUCAGCAGAGGGCGGUUAUCCGAGCAGUGCAAGAUUCUGAAUUCGGAGCCAUCCUCAGCAAACGCCUCGUCGUGUCGAAUAGAGUCAUUAGGGCCGCGCAAAACGCAAGUAAGGCUGCACUGGAGCGCCAGUCUACCUCAAAAUUGACCUCUCUUUCUUCCUCUAAACAAGACCACGAGCAGCCAGAAAACGCCGUGCACAAACUCAUGGCGCAAGCAGGUCUGCAAUUGGUCUUUUCUCUUCUCAAGAAUUGUUCUCAUUCUGAUUCUCCUUCCAACAUUCAACUUGUUAUCGAUACUUUAUCUACAGCAAAGUCAUGUUUACUCAGUUUACCUCCUUUAUCUUUAUCCCAAACCAACUCUCUCGGAGCCCUUGGCACUGACUGUCUCCAACAAAUGGAGAGCUUCCUCUCUUCCUGGAUCGCCGAUUCCUCCGACGAAACCAUCAGGGAGCUCGCCACGGAGACCCUCUUCGCCAUCGCGAUUCAACGCGGUCAACUUCGGCACAUUCUGUCCUUCGUUUCUCUUCAACUCACGACUUCUGUCUCGUGCACUGGUGCCGCGCUCUACUCUGCAAUCAAUACCAUCCAAGCCCAUGCAAAUUCUUCAAGUCAACCCAAGUCAGAAGUGGUUCGCUCAAUUGAAGCCCAGAUCUUGAAUAUGAUCGCCAAGAAGCCCAAAGUCACUGCGGAUCAAAGCGCUUUGACGAUCCUAUCAUCCAUCGCCGUUGCGUCCGGUGAUGAAGGCGCCAAUAAUGGCGGGCCAAGCUACGCUGAAGAAGUCUUUUGCUGGGGCUCGAACUCUUCCCAGCAGCUGACUGACGCCACGCCAGAAGAUAAGCUCCUUUACCCGCGAAACCUGAGUGUCUACGGAAAGGUGAUGUCGAUGACUGCUGGUCAGUACUGUACCUUCGCCGUGCUUUCCAACGGCACUGUCAUGGCGAACGGGAAAGGAAGCUAUGGUCGGCUCGGAAACGGAGCUUCUGCUUCAUCUUCAAGUCCGAUCUUGAUUGAGUUCUCCGCUCCAGUUCGGAAAAUCAUGACCUCCAAGGGGUCAGAUGGUCAUUCUGUCGCCAUCGGCAAGAAUGGACAAAUUUGGAGUUGGGGCGAUGGCGAUUACGGAAAACUCGGCCACGGCGAUUCCACUACUCAGAAGAGUCCAAAACUCAUCGAAGCCCUGGCGAGCCGAGUCAUCGUUGACGCCGACUGUGGACAUCGCCACACAGCAGCUAUCUGCGAUGCUGGAAAUCUUUACACUUGGGGCGAAGGCGACUACGGUCGUCUUGGCCUUGGGGAUGCACUCCAGCGAUCUGUGCCCGUUCAAGUGCCCGACAUUCGUGAAGCAAGUCAAGUUGUCUGCGGUUUCAACCAUACUGUUGUCCUCUCGACUGACGGGCGAACUGUUUGGUCCUUUGGUGCAGCUGAAAAUGGCAAGCUCGGGCAUGGAGAUACAAAUCGUCAGUUCCGACCUAAAAUCAUCGAUGCUCUUCAAGGCUUGACGAUCACGAAGAUUGCGGCUGGAACCCAACUCUCCGCUGCUCUGACUCGAGAAGGUGCCGUGUACGUAUGGGGCUUCGGCCCUUGCCUUGGAAAUGGCGCCAGCGAUGAGACCUACUUGACUCCAAAAGUGGUGCGCGGGUUAUCUGGCCGAAUGGUCAUCGAUAUUUCUAUUGGUGAAAAUCACGUCAUCGCCUUGACAAAAGAUGGCCUCGUGUUUACUUGGGGCAAUAAUCAGAACGGCCAGUGCGGUACUGGAAGUGGAAUCGCAACUUACACUUCUCCGCAAAUGGUUCAGGGCCUACAUGGCGCUGGAAUCCAGCAAGUAUCUGCUGGAACUACUCAUACUUUUGUCUGGUCCGCGGCGCCCUGCGAAGAACACCUGCAGACAAAACACAAGCCCUUCAAACUCGACUUGCACCAGAAAACCUUCUCGUCGAUCAGAGAGCUUCUAGAUAAAUACGAGCCGCGGGAUGCUCCCAAAGCCCCUUUCAAAGAUCUGAAGGAGCAGGAAAAGGCGUAUCUUCAAGUACUGACACUUCUACGAAACCACCUUCACGUCGCGAAGAGUUUCCAUCAUAGUGGGGAUAAUCCUCUCGGAGAAGAAGCGACUGCUCUAAGACAGCUUCUGUUCGCAAGUUUGGACAAAAACUAUACCCGCGAUGUUGCGAAAACGAUCGAACAAUGCGUCACGGUCGGUGCGGAGCUUCUCAUGCCUGAUAUGGCUGGUCGCAUCGAAGUCCUUCUUACCCUUCUCCCCACUUGCCCCGACAAGCUGGCAAAGAUGUCUCAUGGAAAGAAAACUCAACUCAUUAUCAUCCUAGCCUCUCUGGAAUCUUCAGAUGGAAUGCCUCUUCUACUCAAUUUUUCUGAUGAAAAACUACCAGUGGUGGAGACAACGAGGAAAUUCUUCACGUCGCUUCUUCUUGCUUGGGAAAAACUCGAUGAACUAAGAAAUAUAACACACAGUUUAUUAAAAACAUGCAUUCUUCAUCUUGCCGCGAGAAUAAGUGAUCAGACGAAACUGGUGGUGGAGUUCGCCGAAAUGGUGCUAGAAGCUCAAAUCCGCGUGUUACAGACGAAUGAGCAGGAUCUGGUUGAGUUAGCAGCUGAACUUACAAAUUUUAUCUGCGCCGCGGCGCUAAAUGGUGCGCCAGCUAUGCUCGUCAAAUUGCGACCCUGUCUUUCGCGGCUGUUGAUCGUUUGGAAUUCCAAGUACGAAACUUCUCGCAACACCGUCGAGCCGGAAGGGAACAUUUGCCUCAACGACACAUGUCGACUUGUAGCGAUUCUGCUUGGAUCAUCGAUAAAUCAUCAGCUAGUCAAUCCUGGCCGACCGAAAACGACGCUAGAAGACUUCAACUCGCUUGGAAACUUGACUGAGUACGCAGAGUCGGUAAAUCUAUCAGACAUUUCCGCGAAAUUACUCGACGUCGAUACGCCUGGAAGUCAAAUUAUAGUCUGUCAAAUCGACCCGGACUUACACAAUCUCGCAUUUGGAGAAAAAAUGUUUGCAGAAGCUGAAAAUCAAUGGAAGAAGCUCUUCCGAGAUGCAAAUCAUCGAGAUUGGCCUGCAAGAGAUCCAGAAGAAGGUGGUGAAAGAAUGAAGCGAUUCACUCGUAUUCUUCUGGCAGCGUUUCUAAAUCAUAAUCGCAACGAGACUUCUGCUGCUAUUUAUCGACAAGUGUUCUUAAUCCGCGAGCAAGUGUUAGAAGUCCUCCGUCAGCACAAGAGCCCGACUAAUUCUGAUGACGAUGUUCCGGAGCUGGAAGGCGAGGAGCAAGAAAAUGCAUCGACAACUUCCCUGAGACCAGUCCCACUUCAGCCAGCAAUCGCUGGGGAGCGUAUAGUCGCACCACCGUCUGAAUCGCAACUGGGAACCCCAUGGGGACCCUUUGACCCGCCGUUUACGAACAUGCUUCUUCCCGGCGGUACAGUUCCACCACCAGAGCACAACGACGCGCAGCAGCCUCCGCUUUAUCCUAUUUUUAACCAGAACAUUCGUAACCGUCGUCCAUCAUCAACAGAAGAUUCACAGCCGAAAAGAGCGCGCACACAACACGACGAGGCUUCAUUUUAUACUCCUAUUUUGAAAAAAGCACUUUAUUUAUUACUCUGUAUCAACUCGAACCAAGAACCACGACAGUGCAGCGACAGUUUAUCCGAUCGGCGGAGCUCAAUUAAUCUCGAAACUAUAACAAUGCGCGAUUCAUUAAAACACUCCUCAUCUGAUCUUAGCAUCAGGCCUGGUCAGCUGGAGAGAAGGGCCUCAUUCGACAGCGCAGUGAGAUUUUCAAGAUCCGAGUCACUCCUGGGCGAUCAUCUUUUUCUGCGUGAGAAGCCGCUGCAAUCCGCAGUCAACAUUGGAGAGCACAUCCGUCGCGAAAAGGAGAAACAGGCCCAGAGCUCGCAAACGUCGAACAAUCAAACGAGCAAAAUGGAGACCCUGGCCUUCAAGCAAAUCAUCGAAUUCAUGAACGAGUCCUCGCUUGAUCCAGAGAGCAUGUUAAAGGUUAUUCAAUGGGAGGAGAACACAGCCAAAUCACGAGUUGAAGCGCUGCAAGAGCUGCAUCAAUACAUGGAGAAUGGCUUCCUCAAUAAACUCUGUGAAACAGCGCAUCGUGCAUUCCUAGUCUCAGUAUUCGGGCUGCUACAGAAUCCGCUGGCGAGAAAUCCACUCGACCAUAGACUUCAUCAUUAUCUUCAAGACGUAGCGCACGCACGACCCGCUUUGAAGUCGCAAAUAACCCGCGUGUGGAAAGAGCUCACUGGAAAACUUUUACAGCAAAUGUCGUUAAGUUCGGACCGUCAAACUUCCGCUUCGGAUGUUUAUACCCUUUGUGGUCUCACACUCAAGUGGUUGAGCACUGAUCUUACUCUUUUGGAAAAUAUCGCGCUGGCGACGAUCAAUUGUCUCGAAAGUACCGAAGGGGUUGAUACUUCUGGUUUGUCCAUCAUGACGCCGCAACUGCUCCUUCAGCUCAACUUCGGUCAAUUGAAAGUCGAUGGACUUCACCAAAUCGCAUCAGUUGGCAUGUCGCAAAGUAUACUCCUCGCUGUUGGCAUCUAUGGUUCAAAAUCAAGUCCAAAAUUAAUCAAACUCGCUUGCAAAUAUCUUCUCACGCAGUUAUCUGAAAUAUGGGAUUCAGCUCGGCCGAGUAAAAAGCGCGAAACAUUUGAAACGUGCCUGGCUGAGCUAUUAGCCCUCAUUAAUCGCGUCAUGUGGAAUGAAGACAUCUGCAAAGAAUGUGCGAAUCUUCAAUGGGCUCUUUCGCUCCUUCAAGUGAUUAGAAUGGACUCAUCUGGAGUCGCCCUGAUAAAGAGUCUUCGUCCAAGAUUGUUAGCGAUUGAAGUUAUGAAAAAGAUCUCUCCGUUUAUACAAGAAGACGACAUUAUUAACCAGUGUGUAGAUGGAAUGAUGACGCAUCUGUACGAGUCCCAUUGGGUCCCCCUGCGUUUAGUCAAUCAAGAUCCGAAUAGAGUCACGCUAAAAAGACUGUCAAAUUGUUCGACAGAUCUUGAAUGCGAAGAAGUCUCUGGUCAAUGUGGAUGGAACGAUGAACAACUUGUUUCCUGCACAAUUGACAAUUCCGACGCAAACGUUCUCUGUCACUCCACUGGUGGGCGCGGAUACGGCAUCGCUGCAGAAUCACUUUCAAGCGGAAGACAUGUUUGGAAAAUAGAUAUUUUAAACGAAGCGCGAGGCAACGAAGGAACUUGCAUUGGCAUUUCAAAACUGCCAGUUACAGAUCACUCGCACAGAACAACGACAGAUAUGUGGCUUUAUCGCGCGUAUUCUGGACACAUUUAUCAUGGUGGCGAGAUUGGAAAUCGAACUCUUCAGCCGUUCACACAAGAUGACAGCAUUACCUGUAUUCUCGACACGGACGCUAGAACACUUUCUUUCGCGAAAAACGAUGGAGAGCCUGCCCUGGCUUUCGAAGAUCUACCUGUGGACACCGAUUUCUACCCAGUUGUUACUUUUUACAGCUCAAGCCCUGGCGAGAAAGUCAGAAUCUCUUCCAUGAUUACACAAGGCAUUUUCAAAGACUUAGGUAAGAAAGGUUUUCUUGAAUCGUUUAUUUUUGAUGCUGGGGAAAUUUCGAGCUCAAGCUAA